CGCCGCUGGUGUGUGGGAACUCCCGCGUUCUGCAUCGCUUUGCGUGUGAGAGGUCAAUGUGUUUCAAUUUUCCGACGCGCUAAAGCAAUUGUGCUGCCGAAAAUCGAAAUGUCGGACGAGAACAGGUCGACAGGCUACCACUGCGCUGUGUUGGGCUGCGACAACAACUAUCGGAAGCGCAAAAGACUGGCAGCCGAAACAUGCGAAGUGCACCUCCAGCCGCAGCAUGUUUGCGGUUGUAAUAUGUUCAAGCUGCACCGGUUCCCCGCAGAUGACGACCAACGACGGGUCUGGAUAGCUUGUGUAAACAGAAAAGAUUUUGUGCCAUCUCCUUGGGCUCGCGUUUGCUCCGAACAUUUUGUUUCCGGUGAACGUUCGGUAACCAACUAUGCGCCGAUGGUCAAGCUCGGAUACCCACGAAAGGUCAAAGUUGGCCGGCGACGGAUUGCAAAAAUGGAAAAUGUGCCGAAGAAGCGGAGGAAGCUAUGCACAAGUGAGGAUUCUACACCUGACCCGAGUCAAGCUGAUGGUGGUGGUGUUGAUAUAUGCACGGGUGAGGAUUCUACACCUGACCCGAGUCAAGCUGUUGCUGGUGGUGUUGAUAUAUGCACGGGUGAGGAUUCUACACCUGACCCUAGUCAAGCUGUUGCUGGUGGUGUUGAUGCCUCUCAGUGCAUUGCAGAAUCCUUGCCUUCAACUCAUGCUGCUGGAUCACUACCAGACCAUUUUCACUAUGUUGCCCCAAAUUCAGCAGCAGCGGCAGCCACUGUUGCUGGGACGCAGACUGAGACUGUAAGUCUGAACGAUGCAUUAGCUUGA